AUGUCCCUGCGAUCUAACCUCAAGAACGUCAAAAUCGACGAUGAGGACGAGUUCCUAUGUCAAUUCUACGCCUGCGCGAGACACAGCACGGAUUCAGCCCGCUGCCAAACCAUAAUCUGGUUUGACGAGGAAGAGCGAGUGCGAAGUGUGAUACCUCCUGCUGUGCGAGCACCUCGAACACCUCGAACACCGCGGAAGCAGGUUGACAUUCGAAGCUUUGGGGAGUACACGGCUCCGAGUACCUUGAAGCGGAAGGCAGAGCCAGCAUCACCGUCAGUUUCUAGGUCCGUCAAGACAGCCAGGAUUGGCUAUGUUGACGCAGGGACCCAGACCGGCGAGACUGAGACUAUCUCCCCCUUAGCAGCUCGUUCGGCUUCAUUCACAGCAACUAGACUCGCGCCGACAACCAGGCCUUUACCAAGAAGACGAUUGUUUGAUAACUACUUGGCAGAUGCGGAGAGAAAAUCCGCGACUAUAGAUCCAGUUGCCCCCCAAACUCGAGAACAUAAUACAAACAACCAAGAUUUCUCUUUACCAACGUCGCCAACCUGCCAACGACCCUGGCAGUCGUUAUCUCCGCCUAAAACACCAAUGUCAAGCCCACGGAAUCAAAGGAUAGAGUCGGUUUUGUUCUCAGCCGGUGGAUAUCCUCGUAGUCCGUCUCCACAAAUCCGACAGCCAACAACACCUCCAUUUAUGCAAAGCACCAGGAUAGGCUUAAUCACUCCAGGUGGUGAUUGCCCUCGGUCAUCUCACCAUCACUGGUCCGCGGAGUGGGAGAAGCCGGAGCCCAGUACACCGACAAAUAGCAACCACAGGUCCCAGUCGCAAUCUCAACAACCCCGCGUUACUCUGGUCAACAGCGACAGCGAUGAUGAAUCAUAUGACUGGGAUGACGAUCUCAAUCAGACUAUGCUGGAGGUUGUGGAAUCUGUCGAAAACCAAGGUGUUAGCCGGCUUUUCAUCUGA